UGGCGCAGUGCUUCGUGGAGCCCGUGGUGCUCUCGCACCCCGGCGGGCACUUCAUCCCCGCGGCUGCGGCGCAGAAGAAAGCCUACCUGGAAUUCCUGGAACGCUUCUGCCCCGGGCAGGGCCAGGCCGAGCGCCCAGAGGCUGGGGAGGCUCGAGAAGGGGCUCUGUAAUAAAGAGGGGCUCUGGUGAGCCAUGUGCAGCACCCAUCCUGUGAAACUUCACUGUUUCCGUGCCUCCAGAGGGACCAGAGAACAGCUCACUGCUCUUCAGUGUUCACCCAGGCCAGGCUAAAUGGUUCUUUUAUCUCCCUUUUUUUCAGCUUUGUUGGAUACCUCAGUAUAAAAUAUAUAUGUAUAUAUA